UCCCCCUCCCUCACCCGCGCGCUUCUAGGUGAUCUCGCGCCUCGAGGCCCGCAGCUUCAACAUUGCGACUCAGUCAGUAUCUGUCGCUUGUCCUGUGCUCACGGGCGACCGAGCCUUCGCCCAGCGCUCGCAGUGUUUCCGUUUCUUUAGUCAGGGCGCGCCUUUGGACUGUGUUGGACGCCCCUCACGACCCGGUCUUUCGUAGGAGGGAAGCUGGAAGGUGAACACGGACGUGCCUCACGAAUUCAACCGAUUCUGAAAACCGACUUCGAGAAGCCCUUGAAAGGGUCACUCACCGAAACGAGACUGUCAGCCGUCCCUCCUCGAAGCUGACGGUCAGCGCCCCUCGUCACACACAUUUAAAAAAAGAAAAGAGACAUAAAAAAAAAACAAAUAAAAAAAAAAAAAAAAGAUAAACCUCAACCCCACUCCAUCACACCCUCCAACACACUCCGGGGUGAUGGAUUCCUGGUCGAGAAAAAGGGCAGGAGUGGCUCGUGCUGUGGAGGGCGUGGUGAAGCGUAGGAAGCACAUCGUCCUCGUGGGUCUCGACGGCUCAGGCAAGACCACAGUGCUCACGCGCCUCAAGUACCGUUGCUACGUGGCCACCACACCUACCAUAGGCUUCAACCACGAGAAAGUCUGGGGCGGCGGUUACCGGUGGUCGUGCUGGGACGUGGGCGGCGGCGAGCGACUCCGGCCGCUGUGGUCGUCCUACACCCGCGCCACCGACGGGAUCGUCUUCGUGGUGGAUUCGGCUUCCAUGGGUGACAUGAUGGAGGAGGCGAGGGUCGAGUUGGCGAGAGUCCUUAAGAAGUCGCGGGCGUCGUCAGUACAGCUCGGCAUGCCUUCCCCGCCUCUUCUGGUGCUGGCGAACUCCAGGACCAGAUUCACGCCCGCACAGCCCAAGAGGUGGCCAUGAGUCUGGGUCUGGGCGAGGCGCACGGCGUGGUGUGGGCGGUGGCGCCCGUGUGCGCGCUCACGGGCGAGGGCUUGGACGACGCCAUGGCCACCCUCAGAACCCUGAUCGACAAGGUCCGCCAAGACGCCCGUCGGAGGGACAGGUGGCGCUGAGGUCGCCUGGAGGUGCCCGAGGCGGAGCAAGCCAGGUGCAAUCAAACCUUCAACUGUCACCUGUCAGGAAGAGUAGCAGCUGUUAUGGAUCGUAACACCUGUUAGAACGAAAGAAAGGGCAAGAAUGUAACGGCUUCAUAGGUAACAACUGUUAGGUUCAUAACUAUUGUUACACCUGUUGCGGAGGCUGUUAAACAUAGUAGCAACUGUUGCGGACAGAGAUAACAGUUGUAAAAGACUAACACGAACGUUUUUGUACAUUAUAUUAAAAUAUGAAACCAACGUAGAUCGCACAAGUAGUGUCCUAGUAUACGUGCCUUGCUAGACACCAAAUGUGAAUACUGUAGUUGUAUGAGUAUUCUCUGCAUGUGUACAUACAAAAGUAUGAUAGUUUCUUGAAUUCAAGUACUUCACAUGACUUUGUUCCUUGGCCAGCUGGGGUUGGAGACCAGCUGCCGUGCUGGGGACCCCAGCUGUGUGACGGCAGCGAGAUGGGCAGGCGAGAGCUACCUCGGACCUCCUAUCUGUGUGAAAGACGAUCAUUUGCAGGCAUUGGAGGUUAUGCACGCACGCGCACACACUUUAGGCAUACAUGCGCACCUACAUGAGUACUUAUACUAGACGCCCAUGUGCACACACACACGAAGACACGCUCGUCCUCGGACAGCCUCGAGGCCACAGAAGACGGUCCCCCUCGGUCAGUUCCUCUAACUGAUCAUGGUUGUGCUCCCAGUCAGGGUCAGCCUUGACUGCCCCUCACGUCGUCCCCUCCACAACACCAAGCACACGCGUCAUGCACUGGUCGUCAUGCACCGUGUCAUCAAGCACACGCUGUCACAAUGCAGCCCACACGACCGCGAAAACCAAGCAUUAUUAGCGACAUCCGCCUGCGACAGCCACCAGUACCCUUGCGUCACCCUUCACCCUCCUCAACCUUCACUAUCAUCAACCGCCUCUCCGCCGUGGUCCCCCCUCCCCCCUCUCCUCUUUCUUUUCGGCCUUCUCUCUGCCUUCCUCUUUCUCUUCUUCCUCCUUUUCUUCAUUUUCCUAUUCUUCUUCUUUAUUCCUCCUUCUCCUUGCCCCUCUUCCUCCUCCUUCUUCCCCCUCCUCUUCCUUGUCCGUUUUUUUAACGUCACCUCCAGCAUUCUCUGCCCUCCCCCCCCCCCUCCGCGCCCCACUUGGCACUCAGAGCCUUUCGGACUGGCGGGUGACCGUUGAAUGUCCUCAAGACCCUGACGCAUCCUCCUUCAUUUUUUCCUUUUUUUAAUCCUCCGUACUCUUCAGUCUCCCCCUUGAACGUUUCAUCCUUCCUUUUACCAUUUCCUCUUCCCUCUC